AUGGCUUCCACUAUCGAACUCGCAUCCUCCUUCAUCGAGGGUGCCCCGCCCGGUGAGCUCGCAGAUGUCGUCGCAGACGUCAAGGCUCUCACCUCCGACGGUCCCGACAUUAUCCCCUCCCUCGCCCCCGCCUUUGAGCGCUACAAUGAGACACAACUGGCGACCGUGAAGCUUCCCGGCGCAAGCCAGGAGGUUCUGAUCAGCGAAUACAACAAACUUGAGGGAAACCGGUAUUUCGAUGUGGAAAGUCAGACGUCGUUCGAGGUGGAUCAUGUCACGCAGGAAGCAUCGGCAGCACAGUCGUACGUUCUGGAGUCGCAGAAUGCGGAUUUGAUGUACGCUCCCUUCCCUCGUCGCAGCAAAUCUCUCCUUAAGUCCCUCUCCGCACACGCCACCGAACACUACCGUACCUGCAGUUACGGCGUGUACCCCAUCGAGGAUGACACUGCCGUGGCCAUUGUCCUCGUUGCUAACCGCUACUCGCCUAAUAACUUCUGGAACGGUCGCUUCCGCGCCAUCUACACCCUCCCCGUGAACUCCUCUUCGGCCACCAUCUCCGGCCAGAUCAAGGUCGAUGUGCACUACUAUGAAGACGGCAACGUGGCCCUCAACACCACCAAGCCGGUGAACCUGUCGGUGCAAUCCGUGGAUGCUAGUGCCAUCAUUUCGCGGAUCGCCGCGGCGGAACGGGAUUACCAGGAGGAAUUGAACCGGGCGUUUGUUAGCACGGCAGAGGGAGUAUUCAAGGGGCUGCGGAGACAAUUGCCGAUCACACGGCAGAAGGUUGAGUGGGAGAAGGUCGGAGGAUACCGGCUGGGACAGGAUAUUGCGGGAGGUCGCGGAUACCGAGCCGAUAUCGCGUACCCGCUAGCCAGCCCCUUGGCAGACAUAUACCCCCUCAAAGCAAUAGAAAGAAAUCAGAAUGCUAGACCAUUUAUACCGCUUCACGCGAACCACCCCAGGUCUCGAAAAGACCCUCCGCCUCGUCCAAUCCGUCUGUGUGCUGGCCCUGCAAAUACCCACUCUGGAAAAAGAAUCCAUUUCGCGGUUCAACAUCGCCAAGACACACGAGACGCUUCCUCCGGUUCUUCAACUUCAUCGACUGCUUCAAUCGAGCAUUUGCCUUGCUGGGGGGAUUUGACUCUCGUAUGUACUCCCUUCCCUUCAUAUUCCAAGACAUACAAUGAUACUAAAGUGUCAUGCAAGUUACACGCAACAUCCAUCUAUCCAAACCCAUAUAAUGCAGCCAUAUUGACAGAAGCGAAUAAGUUCUGGUUCUAUGCGCUGGGGUUCUCUAUACUGGGAGCUGCUAAUGAUAUACUCUUUUCUUCGGCGUCGUCUACGUCUAAGACGAAGGAUGAGAAGAAGCCAGCUCCUUCUAUCAGCCGCUUCUCGCUUCUGAAGAAAAUGCUCUGUGUUGAUGCAUGUGAUAUGCUCAUUCCUGGGACCUUCCUGGGAUGGAUUGAAAUGGGCCAGUUGGGGGUGGGGAUUGGGAUGGUGGUUAGUACCCUUGUUUCGGGGUGGGAUAUGUGGAAUGCU